UAAUAAUCAACAAUUAUUACAAAGAAUUUGAUGAAACAAAAAAAAAAACAUGGAUAAAUUAUUGGUUUCAUGUAGUGAAGUUUGUCAAGAGAUAACUACUAAAAUUAAAGGAAACAUACCUGAAUGGUUAAAUGUUGAAUUAAUACGUUUAGGACCAGGAAAAUGGGAUCUUGAUGAUGAAUUUGUAUUGAAUCAUUGGUUGGAUGGUUGUGCAUUAUUAUGUAAAUUUUCCAUCAAACAUGGUUGUGUAAAAUAUGUUUCGAAAUUUUUAGAAUCGGAUGCCUAUAGAAAAAUGAUGAAAGUAAAACGACCAAUUUAUACUGAAUUUGGUACACGUGCAUUUCCUGAUCCAUGUAAAAAUGUAUUUAAUCGUAUAUUUUCACAAAUUGUACCAUCCGAUUUAACUGAUAAUGGUUGUAUAAAUGUUUAUAAAUUAUCAAAUGAAUAUUAUGCAUCAUCCGAAACAUGUAAUAUUUGGCGUAUUUGUCCAAAAACAUUGGAUGUUAUGAAAAAGAUUAAUUUGGAUAAAAUUGUUGGCGUAAAUCUUGCUUGUUCACAUGUACAAUAUAUGUACAAUGAAAAUUAUGCCUAUAAUCUUAGUUCAAGUUUUUUAACAGGAAUGAAAUAUCAUUUAAUUAAAAUUCCAUUGUUUCAUUAUGAUGAUAAUGAUGAUAACAAUAAUAAUAAUAAUAAUAAUGAUAAUGAGAAAAGCCUAUUGGAACAAUCAACAAUAUUAACAUCGAUUUGUUCACGUUGGACAACAUGUAUUGCUUAUUAUCAUAGUUUUGGUAUAACAAAAAAUUAUAUAAUUUUUAUUGAAUUACCAUUAUUGGUGAAUGGUUUGAAAUUGGCAACCUGUACACCGAAAGGACGACCAUUAAAAGAUUGUUUUGAAUGGCAUCCAAAUGAACGAACGAAAUUUUUCAUAAUCAAUAAACAAAAUGGUCAAAUUGUACAGAAAUAUUAUUCGAAUGCAUUUUUUUAUUUUCAUAUGAUAAAUUCAUAUGAAGAUAAUGGUCAUAUUGUUGCCGAUUUUAUGGCAUAUAAAAAUCCAACAAUUUUAGAUAAAUGGGAUCUACAUCAGAUGCGUAAAAAUAUUUAUGAUGAUGAUAAUCAAGCUGUACCGACAAGAUUUGUAAUGCCAAUUGUAAACAUUAAUGAUAUAAAAUUGGGUGAAAAUCUUGUUACAUUGGCUAAUACUAAUGCAACGGCUAUUUUAAUGGAAAAAGAUUUGAUAAUGUUAACAGGUGAAUCACUAUGUAAGCCUGGUUUCGAAUUACCAACAAUCAAUUAUCGUCGAUUUAAUGGCCAUAAAUAUAAAUAUUGUUAUGGUAGUGGAAUUUUUGAACAGGGUAAUUUUUCUCGUUCAAUUUGUAAACUAAAUGUUGAAGAUAAAUCCGUUUUAAUAUGGAAAGAUACGGAUGAUUUUUUCCCCGGUGAAUGUAUAUUUAUUGCAAGACCAGGAUCAAAUGAUGAAGAUGAUGGUAUAUUAUUAUGUUUAGUUUUAUCCGGAAAUGAAUUAUUACCACAUUAUUUGCUUAUAUUGGAUGCACGUACAUUUACUGAAAUUGCACGUGCAGAAGUGGCUACCGGUACUGGUAUUAUUCCACCAACAAUACAUGGUGUUUAUGAUUAUGUUGAAUGAAUAAUGAUGUUGAUGUUUAAUUUUUCAAUUUAUCCGUUAUAAUUAAUUAAUUUUUUUCCGUAUAAAAUAACAAUAAAUAAUUCAAUUAAUUAGUGCCAAUUGAAUUUUUCUUUUUUGUUUUUCAUUUGCUAAUCACACGCGUGUUAUUACCAUGGUCAACACCCAUGUGAAAUAAAAUGAUACGUUCCAUGUAAUUUUUUCUGUUUUGUUUUGUCUCAUAUAAUUUAUCAUUUCAUUGUUAGCCAUUAUUAUUAUUGCUGACAACGAAUAAAUAAGUCACGAUUACCACGAUGAUGCUUUGUGUUCUUUUUAAUUCGUGAACAAAUAAAAAAAAUCAGCUGAUGAAUAUAUAAUAAUUGAGCAACGCCAACAAUACAGAAAUACAGAAAAACGAGCCCUGUAUUUCUCUUUUUUCUUCUGUUACAUACAAUAUAUCCAUAUUUUUUUUUGUAAAUAAAUGAUAUUUGCGACGAAAAAAUUCCAUUUCAUUCAUGAUGGAUUUUCUGUUUUUCCUUUCUACUCACCUGUUGUUGGUUAUUGGAGACGUCAUAAG